AUUGAAUAGCCGCUUCAUUUUUUGAUUUAAUUUCACCCUUUCCCUUCGCUAAUCGCCUCCAACAAUUUUAUUUGAUUUCCCCAGUAUUUUUUAUUUCUGUAGUCUUUGUCUCCCCCUUCACGCAGUUUUUAGGGUUUUCUAUCGUCAAUUGCGUAGAAAUAAUCAGACUUUGCGAAUUACAUUUUUGGAAUUUGAAGCUCCAAUUUCAUAUGGAUCCACGAUUCACCGGGGAGAUGCUCAAACAUUUGGAGAAGCAGAAUGAGUUGCUUUCAGAAUCCCAUUCAUCGAUUUCUCAUGAAUUGCAUAAACUUCAGGUAGAAGAAGAGAUGUUGAUGCGUAAAUUUUAUCAACUUAUGGAGGCUCAAGGUCAAAAUAAAAAGAAUGAAAGCAUUGAUCACUCCACUGCUUUAGUUGGUCCAAUUUGCAGUGAAGUUGAUGAAACAGGGAAUUCCACUGCUUUAGUUUGUACAAAGAGCAAGGAACAAUAGUGAGAAAGCUUGUUCAAAUUGGUUAUGUGGUGGAGGAUGUCUUCAGAACUCGAAUUUGGUAUAUGCCAGUAUCAACAGAAGAUGGUAGCCGAAAAUUAUCAACUCCAUAUCAUAGCUUUUGUAGAUAGAGAAUCUAUUCUUUUUUGUUUUCUGCCUUUGGGAGCUUCAAAUGUUUAGCUCAGUUCAUUGAUAGCUAAUUUGGUAGCUUGAAUCUUUUUCUUCAUAAAUGGUUGAUGCUCAUUCUCCUACUCAAAU